UUUUAAUUUGUAAACACAAAAAGUUUUACUUUAAUUAAACCCUGUGAAAAGGCAGAAUUCCGGAUUUAUAAUCGUCAUGUCACUAAUGUGCAGUGUGACAAUCUUAUUAAUUGACACCAAAUUAUACAAGUUAUCAUUAAUAAGCGUCUUCAUCAUUUUACUUUCCAUUUCAAAUACGAAUGCCGUAAGGUUACAGAUGAAAGUUGUCAAAGAGCCCAUUACAACACAGAACCAAGUUUUCAACAGAGAUUUCAACAAUAGGAUAAAGUCAACAGCACAACCUUCCAAUGUUUCAGGACCUGAACAUCUGCUACUGCUCAAAGAUAAAUGCUUCAAUACUACUAUUCACAGUUACAUGUAUGUCCUGUGUCCAUUCAAGAAUGCCACUCAAGUUGAGCAGUCUUUAAAAUGGAAUGCUUACAAAGGAGUCAUAGGUGUGUGGAAAGAAUGGAAGAUAGUUGAGAAUACAUUUGUAGAGAUGCUGAUGGAUGGAGGAGAUGAAUGCGGGCCAGAUAAAAGAAGAAAAACCCGGGUCCAAUUAGUGUGCCCAAUCAAUGAUCAUAACAAUGACGUCAGCGACAAUAACAUCAAAAACAAUAAUAAUAAUAAUUUCGAAGACGUCAACAUAGAUAAGAUAACUGCAACGAUAAUAAACGUAACCGAACCGGCAAGAUGCGAAUAUUUAAUAAUUCUCAGUACUUCACUAGUCUGCCAUCCCAAUUCUCUGAAAGUUUAUCCAUUCCUUUCUGAUUGGCUGAAGUCAGAGUGGGAAGAGCUUGAGGGCAGAUAUGCAAAUGAGGAGCUGACCAAUCAGGGGUACAAUCGUUACUUGAACGAAAUUUUCAUCAAAGCCAACUUCUUAGACGAAAAAGGAAUUGAAAAAAACAAUAAUAACUAUAAUAACAACAAUAAUAACAACUACAACAGUAAUAAUAGUAAUAAAAAUAAUGAUGAUGAUGGCGAUGAUAGAGACGCCAGAAAAGGUUUUGAAUCUUUGGAGAAGUGUAACAAGGAGUACAAGAAGUUACUGAACGAAAGAGGAAAAAAGAUCCCAUGA